AUGAAGAGCUGGGAGAGAUUUAGCCACAACGAAAGGCGUACGUGGAUACCAACACCGCCGAACCCAGGCCAAUAUGCUCCUCCUCCUUUCCCUCCUGGAGCUGAAGCUCAUCAUCCUCCAGGAAUGACUUCAUUUCAGACCUCGUACUUUGAUCGCCCUCCUCCACCACCUCAAGCUCCUAAUCCCCCAUACGGGCAAUCACACGGACAAUCAUAUCGACAACCGCAUGGACAGCCACAUGGGCAACCAUAUCUAUAUCCAUAUAUGACAGCAUACGGACCAGCCUAUGCUCCGGCAUAUGGCCCACCACGUCCUCCUCGACCUACUCCCGGCUUUGUGCCGACAAGUGGUGGCUAUAUCCCGACACCCAACAACCCCGUACCUAAUCCACCUCCUUACUACGGCCACGGCUAUUACCACGUCAAUCCGUCCGCUGGACACACUCAGUAUCCAGGACAUCCUCAAUAUCAACCACCACAGCAACCACACCAAAGCUACGCUCAAUACGGGCCACCACCACCACCACCCCCAGGCUACACCCACCACCAAACACACCAAGAACAAGAGCGAACCCCCCCAUACCCCCCUUACACCCGUCCCACAUCGCGCCAAACCCUCCGCCCCUUCCCACACCUCCCCCACUGGCCACCAAACGAGAUCCCCAUCUCCGCACGCACAAACACGCACCCGCCCUCCGCGCCUCUAAACCCAGAUCCAAUCCCCCUCAUGCUGCGUCCAGAAACCAUGACCUUCCACAGCGAGCCGGAGCUGCGUAUACGUCUAACCUCGGUCUUCAGACCCAUGGUCGGCGUUUUAGGGAGACAGGUGCAAGAACGCCUAGGGCUCGCCGAGCAGCCGCAUGUGAAGUUCGAUUUAUACCCCGUGCAAGUGGACGAGCAAGGGCGUUCCCCCGCGAUCCGCUGGCGGACGCUGUCGCGCGCGCCUGUGUACUGCGUCACGCUGCCUCACGCGGGGGUUAGUGAGGAGAGGUUACAGGAGGUUAGCGAUGCGCUGAAGGAGAUUCUAGCGGACUAUCCGAACGCGUGGUACCGGCAGGCCGGGUACGUGUUCCGAAUCUCGCGCUCCGCGGUUCUAGGGGAGGGGGAAGUGAGGAAGAGGUUUUGGGUCCCGCCGAUGUGCGUUUAUAAGUUUUUUCGGAGCGAGGGGGUGUAUCGCGCUCUGUUUAUUGAGGUCUCGGAGGAGGCGGUCGAGGAGGUGGAUGGGUUUCAUGAUUAUGGCGAUACGAGUGAGGAUGAUCAGGCGGCGCUUGUGGAUGAGAUGUGGGCGGAUGUUAGGAGGAGGAAUGCGUAUGGGCCUUGGGUUGCUAAUCCUGAGUAUUUAUAG